CAAGUUUAUUUUUUUAUUUAUGUAUAUAGCCUAUUAAAACGCCGCCACCCGGGAAGAAGUAUGUGAGGUGUCCUUGUAAUUGUUUGCUUAUUUGCAAAACUACUUCACAAAAAAUUUCUUGUCCAAGACCAAAUUGUAAAAAAAUUAUUCAGUUGGCUCAAAUUUCUGCUACGCCAGGUACCACCAAUGUUCCUGGCAUGGCAAGAGUAUCUUGUGGGCACUGUGAAAAUAUGUUUUUGUUUAACACGUUGAAUAAUGCUCUUGCCCGAUGCCCUCAUUGCAGAAAAUUGUCCACAGUUGGUGUUAAUUUUGCACGUUGCAGAGUUUUAAUAUAUGUUGCAUUAUCUUUAAUAUGUCUUGUUGUAGCAAUUGUUGUUACGGUUACAACAAAAUAUGGUGGAAAAUAUGCAGGAGCUUGGAUCGCACUUUAUGCAGCGUGCUACGUGGCUUUCGCCGUGUUCCUGGGACGAGCCGUCUACUACUACACCAUCAGAGUCAGCACCGUCCUCAGCUACGGAUAGGAGGAGAACCGCCGCGGGGAAAGGAGGAUUCCGCCGCAACCCCGCCCGGUAUUUUCGGAUCCGGCCCCCUCCCGUCUUUCCGCCGCCCGCGGGUCGGGCCGGGCGGUCUCCGUUUUCGGGUCCGUCCGGGCGGAGCGAGCGGGAGGCGGAAGAAAGGAGGAAGGCGGACGGACGUCGGCCGCUUCUCUGGUCGCCGACGGAAAUCGUCGUCACCGCAGGAAAAUAAUAAAUCGUUGGGCACUCCGUUAGUCCGGCGUCUGUGUCUUUUGGGCGGAGAGAGAGAGCCGGGGACCGAGAUUUUCCUCGCAGGGCGACGGAAGAGUCGGGAAAUUGUAACGGAGAUCCGUCGUUCGUCGGGGCGGUGGCGCCGGAGUCUCUCGAAAGGCCCUUUUAAGAGUUGAGCGAAGUUAAGAAACGGUUUCUCCUCCCGGAGGCGUAUUUGGCGCCUCCGGGUCGAAGGAACGGGACCCAUCGUCCGCCCCGGUACGACGGGUCAUUUUCCGUGUCUUCGUUCCCGCCGAGGAGCGCGCCCGAGCGUCCGGAAGGCCUCCGCGCCUUUCUUAAUAUUUCACGGCCUGGGGGCGGAGUGUCGACCAUUAACGUUAAGUCGGGCGGGUGUUCCGCGGCCCGGACGAAUCGGAAGUUAGCGGGCGGCGGCCGGGUAAACUUUUCUUACCAUUGUAACGAGGAAAAUUGUUAAUAAAGUAGAGUAAUUAAUAAAAGACGUUCCGGCCCGGCCGACGGCCUACUUUGAUUUUCCGGGCGCCGUGGGUUGGCCGACGAUCUUUCCAAAGAAAGAUCGUCUCUCGGCUUUCUGUAUUGACUACCGUUUAAGAAAUUGCGCUUCCGGGUUUAAAUUAAAGUCGUUUUUGAAGACGCGUCGUCGCCAGGGUCGUUCCGAAAUUUCAGCGCCGGAUACGUCGACAAUAAAUUUUCCGUCCAGAGCUCGACUACCGAAGACCGGUUAGGGCCUUCCGGAGUGGCGUGGCCACAAGCUACGGUGAUUCUCUAUCCACUUGACUUUGUACGGGCUCGUCCGUACCUUUCCGAGUAAAACUGGUUGUAUUUCUUGUAUUUCCGUACACCCGUCUCUGCCACUUAAUUUGUCGAUGGCCCAUUCCUUACGAAAAGGAAAAGUCCCGCCUUCAAUAUCCCGUAAGCUUAAGGUACCGAGAAACCAUAAAUUUUUCCCUUCUUAUUCAUUCGUUCGACAAGUGACGGUGCGGAAGAAGUGGACAUUAAUGCUCGCUCGGGAUCUAGGUGUUUAUUCCGUAGCCUUAAGGCAAUAACGACCGCCACCGGCCAUUUGUUUGGAUUUCGCCCGAGUACAAUAAUAUAUUGGAAACGGCCGAGGAUACUCUUUGUACGGCCGGCUUUAUUUAUCCGGAAGACGUGGUCGAAGAUUUUGGAUUAGAGAGAUUUUCUGACGCCGAGUCUGCAAAAUACGCUUAUUUCUCGUUAAAAUCGUUGAUAAAGAUUACUAUUUCCGGCAAGACUGAUUUGUUUUGUCUUUUUCGUUUAACUUACGUAAAAUUAUUUGUGUAGAAUGUGCGUUAUCUCCGUUUUCUGCCAUUAAGACGACGGGCGAUUUCACGUUGUCUCCCGACUGCCGAAACCAUUCCUUACUAGUCGAUAGAAAUGCGCCUAAUUUGCGACCGUUUAAAGUGGAUUAAAGCGUCUGACUGGUUUAUAAGCGUACGGACGAGGGUUUAUACGACCGGAGAAUCUUUGGUAAAAGACGUUUUCCGCCGUGUCGGUCGGAACGGAAACAAUCGUUACGGGACGACAGCGGUCGUUACGUAUCGGUAAUAAUAAAUUACCACGGAGUCCGUCCGGAAAAAUAUAAUUUUGGAAAGAUCUACGACGAAUUAUACCUAUAGUUAAAUGUAUAUUCGGGCGGUGUUUCGUUGGCCUAAUUUCCCGAGAUGUAAAUUUGUAAAAGAGCGGGGGAUACGUUAGAACUGGCGUAGUAUUGUACGUUACCGCCGGAGAAAAACCUUCGGGAGUAAACGUAUUGUUAAUUAUUUGCCGGUAGCCGAAUGUUUUCUGUGGCGAGUUAGCUUCUUUCUCCGUCUUUUUUACGUGACAAGGUAAACAAUUGGCUACGGUAGUUUUACCUCCGCUCGAAUGUUCCUUCUUAUUUAUCUGGAUAAAGUUCCGGUUUCGCCAUUCUGAUUUUACUAAGCGGAAGGUUUUUCCACAGAAUUUUUCCCGAAAAUACUUUUCUGCCAGGUGUAUUAUUUUUGAUGUAUUCUGUCUUUGGAAGACGUUCGUUGGUAAAUAUCGGCAAAAUUGUACGCGGGUAAUGUUCGAGCCGUUCGAGUAUAUAAAUAGUUGCACGAGAAGGAGAGGCAUUAAGAGGUGAAUAGAGAGAGUCGAUUUUACGCCUGGUUUCUGUAUAAUAUUCACCGGUACACUAGUGUUUUCCGAUGGUAGAGACCCCCACAUCUACCAAAAAGCCAGUAAUUUUUGCCUAUUCUGACGGGUGCGGAUUAAGCGGGUGGCACGUAUCGGUAGACCGGUCUUUAAGCGGAUUUACGUUGACCGCCAAUUAACCGUAAUUUGGGGUU